AUGUCGUUGACCAACACAAAGACGGGCUUUUCUGUGAAGGACAUUUUGGACCUCCCUGACACGAAUGAUGAAGAAGGAUCUAUCACUGGACCGGAGGAAGAUAACGAGGGAUCGGAGACGACAAAACCCACUGGAGUUUUGGUACAAAGUCCGCUAGAAAACGUUCAAAAUCUGCCUAUAAAGAACCGCUUUUAUGAUAGUAGUGACAAUCCUUACACAAGAUGGCUUGCCACCACAGACACUAUCCAAUAUUCACUGCAUGGUCUUUCAGCAAGUUCUCAAGACUCAGCCAAGUCCCCAGAACCCUCUGCGGACGAAUCGCCAGACAAUGACAAGGAAACGUCAAGCAACGGCAGCGACUCCGGUAAGAAGCGAAAAAGAAGAGUGCUGUUUUCCAAGGCACAGACGUACGAACUUGAGCGUCGGUUUAGGCAACAGAGAUACCUAUCCGCGCCAGAGAGAGAACACCUCGCGAGUUUGAUUCGCCUGACACCAACUCAAGUGAAAAUUUGGUUCCAGAAUCAUCGGUACAAAAUGAAGAGAGCGCGCGCUGAAAAAGGUAUGGAAGUGACCCAUCUCCCCUCUCCCCGGCGGGUGGCCGUACCUGUCUUAGUCAGGGAUGGAAAGCCUUGUCAUACUCUUAAAGCUCAGGACUUGGCGGCCACUUUUCAGGCUGGAUUCCCCCUCUCGGCGUAUAGCGCACAGACCCUUCAUCAAAUGCAAUAUAAUGCUCAGUACUGCGCCGCCACCACGCCACAAUUCCCUUCAGCACAUCACUUGGUGCAAACGCAACAGUGGACUUGGUGA